AUGGCACAAAACGAGCUUAAGCUUACCAUGGGCGGCGCUGCCGGUCCCGGAGGCGAGCAGCAGGAGUUCGACUACUCGCAGAGGGCGCAGUGGCUGCGCGCGGCGGUGCUGGGCGCCAACGACGGGCUCGUCUCCACGGCGUCCAUGAUGAUGGGGGUGAGCGCGGUGAGGACGGACGUCAGGUCCAUGGUCCUCACGGGCAUCGCCGGCAUGGUGGCCGGCGCGUGCAGCAUGGCGAUCGGUGAGUUCGUCUCCGUCUACUCGCAGGUGGACGUGGAGGUGGCCCAGCGGCGGAGGGACAGCGGCUCUAGGGAGGCGGCGGCGGUGGCGAAGGAGGAGGGAGACCUCCCCAGCCCCGUGCAGGCGGCUAUGGCGUCGGCGACGGCGUUCUCGGUGGGGGCACUGGUGCCGCUGCUGGCGGCCGGAUUCAUCACGAGCUACCCCGUGAGGCUCGGUGUCGCCGCCGCCGCUGUCACGGUGGCGCUGCUCGUCUUCGGCGUAACCGGCGCCAAACUUGGCGGGGUCCCCGUCGGGAGGUCGGCGGCGAGGGUCCUGAUCGGCGGCUGGUUGGCCAUGGCUGUCACCUACGCCCUGAUGAGGCUGGUCGGCGGCACGACCGGGUUUUAA